AUGUCCGGGAACGCGAACCGAGCGCGGACCGACGAUUGGAAUCUGACGGCCGGUUUCAAUCUGGGGCGCGUCGAAGAAUUAGGGAACGUCACCGACGAACUCUACCCCAUACCGGAUUACAUCAACGUCACAUCGCUGGCUGAUGUCAAUACGACGGAGGAGAUUGACUCAUUUUACUUCUACGAGACGGAACAAUUUGCGGUACUAUGGCUACUAUUUGCAGUGAUAGUCGCCGGUAAUACUGCAGUUCUCGCUGGACUUCUGCUGGGAAAACGUAGAAAAUCUCGAAUGAAUUUCUUCAUCAUGCAACUGGCAUUUGCCGAUCUACUGGUUGGCCUAAUAUCCGUGUUAACGGAUAUAAUCUGGAGAACGACUGUUGCGUGGUAUGCGGGUAAUAUAGCUUGCAAACUGAUAAGGUUUAUGCAAGCUGUAGUAACCUACAGCUCGACCUACGUCCUCGUGGCUCUAUCAAUCGACAGAUAUGACGCCAUUACCCGUCCGAUGAACUUCUCCGGCAGCUGGUGGAGAGCUCGAGCUUUAGUGAUUACGGCUUGGGCGCUAUCAGCAUUGUUCAGCAUGCCGAUCGUAUUCCUGUACGAAGAGAAACAAAUACAGGACACGCCGCAGUGCUGGAUCGAUUUAGAUCCGACUCAAUGGAAGAUCUACAUGAGCCUGGUGAGUUUUAGCCUCUUUAUAGCACCCACACUGAUAAUAGGAGGCUGUUACACGGUCAUCGUAGUCACGAUAUGGUCGCAAGGAGCAGCGUUACGCCAGGGACCUACCAGAGAUACUCGGAGGGCGUCCUCGAGAGGUCUCAUUCCCAAGGCGAAAAUCAAGACCGUAAAAAUGACCUUCGUCAUAGUAUUCGUAUUUAUCCUUUGUUGGAGUCCAUACAUAGUCUUUGACCUUCUUCAAGUUUAUGGACACAUACGAAAGACUCAAACAAAUAUCGCAGUCGCUACCUUUAUACAAAGUUUGACACCGCUCAAUUCGGCCGCUAAUCCAAUCAUCUACUGCCUUUUUAGUACUCCUUUCUGCAAAACCGUACGGAACAUACAGGCAAUCUCCUGGAUUUCGGGUUGGUGCCCGACAAAUUCGCAACACUGCUUCGGUACCGGAGCGACGACCAGCAGUACGAGGACGACUGUGACGACAUCCUUGACGGCCCAUUCCUCUCGCAGAAGCGGACACUUUACUAUGUUGCAUUCUACGUCGCGAAAACGCGUUAUGGUCUCUCUAGUUUAA